AUGGUAUAAAAAGGGUAGUGCAGGGAUGGUGAGGCACAGUUGAUCUCCAGUCGGCUGCAGGAUGAGAGCUGCUUGCUUCGUUCUGUUCGCCCUCGCGGCUGCAGCCUCGGCCAGCCCCGCCUUCGACAGCAAUGACUACGAGACCAAGCUGACAACAACAAUGGACAUAAAGACCAAGCAAAUCUGGCUUCUGAAGCUCCUGAACCACAUCCUACAGCCGGUCAUGUACAAGGAAGUAGAAGAAAUCGGCAAGAACUUCAAAAUCGAGGACCAUGUUGACUUCUACUCGAAAUCCGAUGUUGUGAAGCGGUUUGUCAACUGCAUGAAGAUCGGCAUGCUUCCUCGUGGCGAGAUCUUCACUCUCCACGUCGACCGCCAGAUGAAGGAGGUCAUCAGCGCCUUCCACCUGCUCUACUACGCCAAGGACUUCACCACCUUCCUCAAGACUGCCUGCUGGAUGCGUCUCUACCUGAACGAGGGCAUGUUUGUCUACGCGCUCACUGUGGCCUGCCGCCACCGCGAGGACUGCCGCGGCAUCAUCCUGCCUCCUCCCUACGAAAUCUACCCGUACUACUUCGUCCGUGCUGAUGUCAUCCAGAAGGCCUACAAGCUGAAGAUGAAGAGAGGACUCCUUGACCCCAAGCUCUGCGAGUUCUACGGCAUCAAGAAGACCGACAAGGACGUCUAUGUGAUCGAUGAAAACGUUUAUGACAAGCGCGUGUACCUCAACCGCGACGACAAACUCAGGUACUUCACUGAAGACAUCGACCUGAACACCUACUACUACUACUUCCACGUUGACUAUCCGUUCUGGAUGAGGGAUGACAUCUUCAGAAACGACUUCACUAAGACCAGGCGCGGAGAAAUCUGCCUAUACAUGAUGCAGCAACUGCUUGCCCGACACUACUUGGAGCGCCUUUCGAACGGCCUCGGCGAGAUCACAACUCUUUCCUGGAACAAACCCAUCAAGAAGGGAUUCGUGCCCUGGAUGGCGCUGCACAACGGCGUCCAGCUCCCCAUGAGGUGGAACAACCACGUCAUCGUCCGUGAGGACAACGUCGAUGUCGUUCGCCUAGUCGAAGACUACGAGAUGAUCAUCAAGGAAGCUAUCAUCAAGGGAUACAUCGAGAUCAACAAUGUCAAGUUUGAGCUCAUCAAGCCUGAGGAUGUCGAAUACCUGGGCAGAUUAAUCUACGGAAAGAUCGAGAAAACCGACCUUGACAAGACUCGCUUCGAUGCUUACCGCUACCUUCUCAUCAUCAUGAAAUCCGCCAUUGGCCUCAACACGAUGAAGUCUGACAAGUACUUCGUGAUGCCAACACUCCUCGACAGCUACCAGACCGCUCUCCGUGACCCUGUCUUCUGGCGUCUUCAAAAGAGGAUCGUCGACUUCUUGAUUCUGUUCAAGAGGCGUCUGCCUUACUACACAAGGGAGGAACUGCAAUUCCAAGGAGUGAAGAUUGAGAAGGUUGUCGUUGAUAAACUUAUCACAUACUUCGAUGACUACUUCAUGGACAUGACUAACGCCGUUAUGCUAACCGACGAAGAGUUGAAGAAAACCACUUCUGACAUGACAUUCUUGGUUCGCAAGCGCCGUCUCAAUCACGAACCCUUCAAAGUAACCCUCGAUGUUUACUCAGACAAGGCCACCGACUGUGUUGUGAGAAUUUUCCUGGGACCGAAAAAGGAUGUUCACGGACGUCUGAUCGACUUCAACAGGAACCGUCUCAACUUUGUGGAGUUGGACACCUUCGUGUACAAACUGGACACCGGCAAGAACACCAUCGUCAGGGACUCUGUGGACAUGCACAACUUGGUGCGUGACCGCGUCAUGACCCAUGACUUCUGGAAGAAGCUCGACCACGCCAGUGACAUCAAGCAGCUGUACAUCAAGGACCUCAGGAACUACAACACCGGCUUCCCGACCAGGCUGCUCCUGCCCAAGGGUCGCGUGGGAGGCAUGGAGAUGAUGCUGUACUGCAUCGUAUCACCGCUGAAGAUCGUCGAGAACGUGGACCAGACUCUGAUCAGAGACACCACCCGCAAGGACUUCCUGGUGAACUUCAGAUCCACGGUGUUGUUGGACAAGAUGCCGCUCGGGUUCCCGCUGGACCGGUUCGUGGACGUGUCCCGGUUCUUCACCAGCAACAUGAAGCUGGUCGACGUGGUGGUGUACCACAAGAAGAAGGUGUGCGACAUGAAGAGCCGCUGGGAGAAGUUCGUGCUGAGGGACUACAACAUGGUGGACCGGACGCCCAUCGACGCCGGCACUUACUUCACCGACUUCGUGGAAGUGGACACCGACAUCCGCCGUAAGGACCGCUUCCGCGACGACAGCCUCGAGCAUCUGUAAAUGAUCCACCUCAGUGAUAAACCGAACGGCUAACACUUUAACUUAUGAAAUGUCAUGAUUACAAACGAGCUAACAAGCAUAUUUUUUAUUACAGAAAAAGAAUAUCAAGUAUGAUAUGUGACAAUAUUUAUUAAAGCAAGUAUUUAAAAUAUAA